UGCCGCCUCGCCAGCCAUGCCCGAGGGCACCAAAAGGGCCGUUCCCAGGGCCGGACGAGCUCCUCGAUGCCGCCGGCAAAGGCUCCACCGAGGUGGGGUAGGAGCUGCCAGAAACUUACUCGAUGCGGCGAGCGGCGGCGCUGCCACCACUAAAACGCGGUUGCCGGAAGACCUAACUCUCCUUCUCUCACCCGCCACCGAAGCAGCAAAUCGAGAUGGAAGGAAACAGCUAGCGGCUUGGCCUUGGCCGGCGGCGGAGGGAGCGAGGGAAACGAGCGAAUAUUUCUUCUACAUGGAGCUCAGACAGGGCCAUGGGCUGGCCUGAGCGCCCUGUGCAGGUCCGGCCCCACUCCAAGGGAAUCUUCCGUGCAAUACGUAUGUCUAGAAAAGCUGCUAUACUCUCAGUACAAUAAUGCUAAACAUACGGAUGGUUACGGAUGACUUACAGGCUGACGAGGCAUGAAUCCUACGUGGAGGCUGAACGGAAAAAAGGCAGGAUGUGCCGCUAAUUUUGCAGCCAAAAUCUCAAACUGCUCCGUAUGUUUUGAUCUUCUUUGAGAUCGGAAACUGCAGCUCCGUCGUGAUCGGCCGGACGCCCGUAGCUCCGUCGUGAUCGGCCGGACGCCCGUACGGAGAGCUCCGUCUUCCUCAACAUCAACCUGCAGGUAGACCUCGCCGUCGUGCCGCCGGCCGAGCUGCUCCCGGGACACCGGACUUGCAACAAAGGGAAACUGCAACGUAGACCUUGUCGUCGUGCCGCCGGCGGAGCUGCUCGUUUUUGACAGACAUCCACCCAAGUACCCGGACUCACGGACGGCCAAGCUGCUCGAGUUGAUCAAGAAGGUUUGCCAUCAUCCAGAUCGAUCCAAACUGAAAAUCUGCAGGUUUGAUGUCCAUAUGAAUAGGUCAACAGUGCGUCAUGUAAUAUCAAUCAUGGGCUGAAUUUUACUUUAUGAUUUGUAGGAAUGGAUGAUCAAACUUGUAGUGUUCAAAAUUCAAGUGACAUGUCUAUUUCAAGUGAUGACGAUGGCAUUGAGCAUCAGAAGAAAAGCAGCGUGGAACUUGAAGAGGACCAGAGUGCAACUCAAGCAGAUGUGUUACUCGCAGAUCCGGAAUUGGGGAUGACAUUUGAUACUGAGAAUGAUGUGCGAGAGUACUACAAAAAUUACGCUAAAGCAAAAGGGUUUGGUGUGACGAGAAGAAGCUCAAACAGAGAUGCAAAUGGAGAGCUGAAGUACCUCACAAUUUGUUGCUCUCGUCAUGGUAAGACUGAGUCCAACUCAAGAAAUAUAUUGAAGCCAAAGCCAACAGCUGGGUUAGGAUGUAAAGCUAAAAUUAAUAUUGUUCGUGGUCCGGAAGGAAAUUUUCAUAUUUCGAUGGUCAUUUUGGAUCAUAAUCAUACACUAAGUCCACAUAAAUCUCGGUUAUUUAGAUGCAACAAAAGGCUGGACUACAAUGUUAAGCGUAGGCUUGAGUUGAAUGACCGGGCUGGAAUACGAGUAAACAAGAAUUUCAAUUCUCUUGUUGUGGCAGCGGAUGGUCAUGAGAAUUUGACAUUUGGUGAGAAAGAAUGUCGCAAUUAUCUAGACAAAACUAGAAGAUUGAAACUUGGAAGUGGUGAUGCCGAGGCUGUUCGUAACUAUUUUAUGAAAAUGCAAUCAGACAAUCCAAAUUUUUUUAGUGUCAUGGAUGUUGAUGAUGAAUCCCGACUUAGGAAUGUCUUUUGGGCUGAUGCAAGAAGUAGAGCAGUAUAUGAUUCCUUUGAUGACGUCAUAACUUUCGACACCACAUACUUGGUCAACAAAUAUGAUAUGCCUUUUGCUUGUUUUGUUGGAGUGAACCAUCAUGGACAAUCUGUGUUGCUAGGAUGUGCUUUAUUAUCAAAUGAAGAUACCCCAACAUUUGUUUGGUUAUUUGAAGCAUGGCUGGCAUGUAUGUCAAAUCGUCAACCAAAAGCUAUUGUGACCGAUCAAGCAAAAGCUAUCCAGAAUGCCGUGGAAAUAGUUUUUCCAGAUGCUCGAUACAGGUGGUGCUUGUGGCAUAUAAUGAAGAAGCUACCUGAGAAGUUAGGAGGAUAUGAUGAAUAUGAGUAUAUCAAGACUGCAAUUGGCAAAGUAGUUUAUGAUUCGUUAACAAUUAAAGAUUUUGAAGAUUCUUGGAUGCGUAUGCUUGAGAGGUAUAAUAUUGCUGAUAAUGAAUGGCUUAAAGGGCUCUAUGAAAAUCGGCACCGUUGGGUUCCAGCAUUUGUGAAAGAUACCUUUUGGGCGGGUAUGUCCACUACACAACGUAGUGAGAGUAUGCAUGCAUUCUUUGAUGGGUAUGUUAAUGCCAAGACAACAUUGAAGCAUUUUACCAUCCAAUAUGAGAAUGCUCUUCGUGACAAAGUUGAGAAAGAGAUACUUGCUGAUUUUAAUUCUUUCCAUUCAACCAUACCUUGUGUCACACACUUUGACAUCGAGCAGCAGUUUCAAUCAGUCUAUACAAACUCGAAGUUCAAAGAGUUUCAACAAGAGCUAACAAACAUUAUGUACUGUGACCGUAAUUUCAUACAAAAAGAAGGGGCAGUGGAAACAUACAAAAUAAUUGAGGAUGUGCUAAUUGACAAAGAAGAAGGAUGGAGAAAAGAUUAUGUGUACCAUGUAUAUUUCAAUGCGGAAGAGUUUGAAGUUAAGUGUUCAUGUCGCCAUUUUGAGUUCAGAGGUAUUAUUUGUACGCAUGUGUUAUGUGUGCUGACUCACAAGAAAAUCAAGCAAGUUCCUUCACAGUACAUCCUUGAUCGGUGGAGAAAAAAUGUGAAAAGAAAGCACAAUUUCAUCCGGUGCACAUAUGGAGGCAUGGAAGACACUCCUGUUGCAAAACGUUUUGAUAAGUUGUGCAAUUUUUUCUUCCCACUUGCAGAGACAGGCUCCAUGUCAGAGGAGUCAUGCAAUGAUUUGAUUGAACAACUUCGCAAUCUGAAAAUUAAACCAUCUGGUAACUCAAGUUCUGAAAAUAGCAUCGAACAUCUUGGUAUACAUGAAGGUGGUGCACCAUCUAUUGGGGAAACAAGUAAAACUAUACUGAGUCCAAUAGCUGUUAGAUGUGCUGGGCGUCCUCCUUUAUUGAGAAAAGAAUCUAAGGUUGAUAAGCUUAUUCGUGAAGCAAGAGAAAAGAAGAAAAAGGCCGAACAAAGGGAUAAAAAAAAAGCUGCACAAAGGGAGAAGAAGAAAUCUGACCAAGAACGUUCAGCCGCCGAGGACGAGGAGGUCGCCCCCCAGCAGCAGAAGAGGGCGAGCUCGCCGCGCCGCUUCGGAAUGCGGAUGAGGUCGUCGCCGCGCUGCUUGUGUAGAGGCGAGCUCGCCACGCCGCCAAUGACGACCCAGAGUUCGCCGAUUCGCUUCCGAUGA